GAGACGCGAAGUAAUGUCCGCCGCGAUGAACGCGUUGCUGCGCUGCGUCGCGUUCCUGCUGCCGCCCUCCUGGCUUCAGUUGUGCUGGUGGGUUGGGGAGGCGUCAUGGCCCAAUCCCAGAGCUCGAUUCAAACACACAGAGCCUCUUGCAUAUGAGGAAGUAGCAGCUGAAGACGCGCCUUCCUGCUCUGAUCGCGACGCGCCGUCGCCGUCUCCGUGGCGGAGGAUCCUGACGCUCGCGGAGCGCGUCCUCUCGGCUCUCUGUGAUCUUCACACGCGUCUGGGGAGUUUGUGUUCGCCGCGCCGCGUCGCCGCCGGUUCUCCAUCAAACGCAGCCGCGGAAGAGGCGUUCACGGCGGGGAUCAUGAGCACCGAGGAGCCGCGGGAGAUCAGCGCUCCGGUCACCAUCACCGUGGCCAUCCAAGCGGCGGAGGACGAGGAGCCUGCCUCCAACACCACCGAGCUCCAGACGGGCAGCGACGACGAGCUCGCGAGGCACGAGAAGUCCAGCGGCGGAGAGCUGGAGGAGGAGAGCUGGCAGCUUCCGGACCCAGAGCUCAUCCAGAAACUGGUGGCACAGAUUGAAUAUUAUCUUUCGGAUGAGAACCUGGAGCAUGAUGCCUUCCUGCUCAAACAUGUCCGCCGCAACAAGCAAGGCUUCGUCAGCGUCAAGCUGCUCACAUCCUUCAAGAAGGUCAAGCACUUGACGCGGGACUGGAGAACCACGGCAUACGCCUUGCGUCACUCCGAGCUGCUGGAGCUGAACGAUGAGGGCCGUAAGGUGCGGCGCAGGACGACGGUGCCAGUGUUCGCCAGCGAGUCUCUGCCGAGUCGCAUGCUGCUGCUGAGUGAACUCAAGCGCUGGCCGGAGCUGGGAGUCGCACUCGGGGCCGACGGCGAGGCAGGAGCCACCCAGCAGGAGUGUCUGAUGGAGCUCCUGCUCAAGGCCUUUGGAAACUACGGGCCUAUCGCGUCGGUGCGGGUUCUCAAACCCGGGAAGGACUUGCCAGCCAAUCUGAAGAAACUGAGCGGGCGUUACUCACAGCUGGGAACGGAGGAGUGCGCCAUCGUGGAGUACGAAGAAGUGGAGGCGGCGAUGAAAGCCCAUGAGGCGGUCGGUAGAGAGUCGGGCGCUCGAGGGCCGCUGGGAUUGAAGGUGGUUCUAAUCGGCACCAAGCCUCCCAAGAAGAAGAUCCCAAAGGACCGAGACGAGGGAGUCUGCGUCAUCCGCAAGAGCCACUCGCUCAACAGCCGCGUCCGAGAGCUGCAGUAUCACGGCGGAGACGACUCGGCCGCGAGUUCCUCAGAAACGGAGAGCAAUCCCACCUCGCCACGUCUGGCCCGCAAAUCACGCUCCUGCAACAAGCUGAGCCCCACGAGCGGCGGGCCCAAUCACCUGAGUCCGGCGGUGUCUCCACGCUCCAGUCCCUGGAGCAGCCCACGAGCCAGUCCCUGCACCCAGCGCAAGACACCUCUCUCGGGGAAGUCUCCACUGGCCAGCGAGGAGCGCUUGAGCCCCGAACCGGGUCGCCGAUGGGCGGACUAUUCCUCGGACAGCAGCUUGACCCCUUUGGGAAGUCCUUGGGUCCAGCGGAGGAAGCAGGUGGCCAGUCAGGAGAGCAGCCCGGUGGGAAGCCCGAUGCUCGGGAGGAAGAUCCAGAAUGCUGAUGGUCUUCCUCCAGGCGUGGUUCGACUCCCGAAGGGUCCGGAUGGGACAAGAGGCUUCCACUCAUCUCCCUCCGUAGAGCGAGGCAAGGCUGUAUCCACUCAAACCUGUCUCUGAAGACCAUCCCUCUCGACCCUCGCACUCUCAAAGCAGUCGUGACAUCUCCGUAGGACUGGCCUGUCUUUUUGUAAAUCCUUUUCCUAUAUGCUAUUUUUGUUAACGUUUUAUACAUCUUAAUUUCUCACUGAAUGAUGGCACCACAACAAGAGGGGAGCUGUUCUGAAAGUGUUUUGGUUUUAAGUCGCAGCCGUGUUUUCCGUUGUAAGGAGAUUCUCCCGGUGUCUGACUCCGGUGUAAAUACUGUACAUGUGUUCUGUGUGGGUCGUGCUUCAGGCGCUCGGAUCUGAUGAAG